UUCGGGUUUUAUCGCAGUGGUCGCACCGCGUCGCAGCUGCUUGCUCUGCGCGAGGCUGCCCGCAUGGUACCAAAUUGUGCACAGCCCAUUAUUUUAGCAUCGGAACGGAACUAAAUGGGUUCAAUGGAUACCGAGCGUAAACGGCGGUCGAUGGGAGCUUCACGGCCGGCCCGUCGAUAGCGCCAGGGUGAGCAUGCUACGACCCCCGACGCUAAUCUAGUACCUCUUGGACAGGGCUGCUGCGUAGCUGCGGCAGUGGUGCCCGAUUGCUGCGCAGCUUCGCGGCAACGAUAUUGAAAACGUCUCGAGGUGAAGAUUUAAAAUUCUUUGUCCAAUUUGUCCCGGGCGGCGUGAUGUUGCGAGAGUUCCUCAAGCUGGCCUGCUAUCUCGUUGCUGCCCGGUCAGCCACUGCCAUUGGGGUGCCAGUCGAGGGGAGCGCAGGCCAGAACACAUCUCCUAGCAACGUCGCAACAAUCCAGGCGCGACUCUGGUCGGACGCUUGCGCCCCGCGACUGAUUGCACGCCAUUCCGUGCCGCAGCCCUGCGCGCCCAUGAAACCGCACACACCUGACCGAUCUCACCAGUGUGUGGUGGGUCAUUACACCAUAUGCGUUGCGAUGAAGGGCGGUUCCACAUCUGUCACGGAAAUUGCACGCAACUGGACUCGCAGGACAGCGCCGAAUAUGUGGGCGCUCAAGCCACAGCUUGGAGUUGCGUCACUAGGGUGCUUCUUUCAACAGCCAAUUGCCCUUUCCCCACCGAUGUCGACUAACGUCCUGAUUAUUCGAAAUCCAUUUGUUCGUUUUUGUUCGGCGGUCAUUCACAAGGGCAGCAAAAUUCUCGGGAUAUCCAGAACAACCGCGCGUCUCGACGCCAACGAUGUCACGCUGGUUCGACGAGUAGCGCACGAGCUGCUACGAAGACGGAGAAUCUCGACCGGAUUCAUUGCCCUAGGUAACCCGCAUUUCCUGCCUAUUGUGGAUACGUGCACUUACAUGAGCUUCAACUACUCUGCUGUUGUUGAGCUCGGAUGUGUUGGAGCCUGGCUUAACGACAUAGAUCUCUCAAAGCGCACCAAUGGCGCCAGUAUCACCUCUGGUCUCAACCACACGGCCGAAUUCAAUAUGUACUGCAAGUACUACGAUCGUGAACUUGUGUUGGCAAUCCAGGAGCUGUAUGCCGCAGAUUUUGCCGCUGGGGCCUUCUCAACGACAUUUUAUUGCCCAGCAACAGGACUUAAUGUCACGAGCACACUUUACCAACCCAGAUGCCACCGUGCAUUCUAGCCGCCUCUACUCUAGAGCCGUGCAUCAUCGCACUGCAUCAGGACUGUGGGGCCCGGACGCACCUAAUCUGUCCCAGGGCGGCGGGCCUGAGACGACGUGACAUA